AUGAUACAGUCAAGACAAAACAUCAAAGGAGCAUUGAAUUCACUUCCAGUUGAAAUUCAUCUCGGCAUCAUCGAUUAUCUAGACUAUACUGCUUGCACUGCCCUGGCAUAUACAAACCGCUACUUCAAUCAGAUCGUAAUACGGCAAUCGCCAACGGCGAGAGAAGAGAGACUGAAAUUCCUCUGCGAGGUAGAGACAUGGCCAAUAUACGCCGAUAUCAACUACCUUGCAUGCAACCAAUGUCUAAAACUCCGCCCAAUCCACGCCUUUGCAGACAGGCAACUACGCGGUAAACGGUCUCGCGGUCAUUCUGAGAGCAAUCGCCGUUUCUGUCUACGAUGCGGCAUUCAGAAACACAUAUAUCUACCGGGCCACGUCAUACCUAUUGUCAGACCAAGUCCUGCAAAUGCCCACGGCAUCAGCAUCUCUAUCUGCUCGUGCUGUAAAUUCCACGGCAGUGAAUCUUACUGUCUAGCAUUUGCCAGGUGUGAGAGUUGCGAAGAAGUGCCUCCUAUACUGCACUAUGUGUCGAAUCCGGGCUAUCAGCGUUGCAUGCAUCAUUUUUAUUGCAUUCUCUGUGGACGAAAAGGUAGUAUUGACCAAUGGGAGCAGCCUAUUUGGGGUCAAAUUGACUAUAUCGUGCGUGAAUACAGGCUCUAUUGGCGGAUUGACCAUCCAGCCAUGGAUGAACCAUCUUAA